AUGAUUUGCACAACUGCUUCUUUUUAUGACAAACUACGAGGAUAUCUGACUCUGGGUAUCACAUAUACAAGUACUCUUUUUUUGACAUUAGAGCUACAAAGUACUUGUGGCGUCCAUUAUAAUACCUUGGGCUGGGGUAUUUUAAUCAAGAUUAUUACACCCAAAAAGACCAUAAAGAAGAGUAUGAUACUGAGACACCACUAUCGUCAUUUGACAAUAACUAUCCGGAUUAAACGUCUUACUUAUUUCAAGCAGGAGGGAUCUUCAACACUGAAAUUAUCCCAGCACUUUCUUGUUACCUAUGAGAAGGAUACUGAUCCACAUGUCACCGUUGAUGUAUCGAAAAUCAUGUCUGGAUUCGAUCUUAUGACAAAAACCGUCUUCAAGUACACCAUCUGUAUCAAACGUGAUAUCAUAUACUUACCAGAGUAUCAUCAAUCCAACUGUUCCUCCAAGAAGCACAUUCCACCCCAUCUAUCUAUGACAAUAAUUCUCUGUAUGCCGGUCCAGCAAUUGAGAAGCCAGUCCCUCUCAUGGUAUUUCUUUACAGCUUACUGA